AUGUCGAAAGAUAUCGAGGAGAAGAAGCUGAAGAAGGACAAGAAGGACAAGAAGGAAAAGCGCGCCGAGAAGGAUGGCGUAACCAAGAGCAAGAAGGACAAGAAGGAGAAGAAGAUCAAGGGCGAUGUCGAAAUGACCGACGCGCUAGAGGCAGAACUCGAGAAGGAACCUGAGGUCUCCAUGGUCAAUGUCGUAGACGGCGCAUCCGGCGACGACGAGCCUCGCGGCGCCCUCGUUCCCUUUGCAUUCCCACUCGCCGACAACGACAAGGAAGUCAAGAAGAUUCUCAAGACCGUCAAGAAGUCCGCCAAGUCCAAGACGCUCCGCCGCGGUGUCAAAGAAGUCGUCAAGGCGCUGCGCAAAUCCGCCGCCGCAGGCGCUGCUUCUACGCUUAGCGACCCCACCGCCAUUGUCGUCAUCGCCGCCGACAUCUCGCCCAUGGACGUCAUUGCGCACAUCCCUGUCCUCUGCGAAGACCACAACGUGCCCUACAUCUACAUCAAGAGCCGCGCACAGCUCGGCGAGGCUAGCGCUACAAAGCGACCUACCAGCGUUGUCAUGAUUGGCAAGGAUAAGCUUGGCAAGAAGGCAGGAGAGGGUGAUGAUGAGUUUGCUGAGGCGUAUGCUGAGCUUGUUAAGGUUGUGGCGAAGGCUAGCAAGACCGUGAGGAAGUAA